UCCUCUCCAGGCUGGCAGAAGCAGUGCGGCUGGUCCUCAGUGCUCGCGGAGCGGCGGCAGCGCGAGGGGCAAGACGGCGGAGAACGCAGUCCGGCACGCUUCCGCAGGCCCAGGGCUACCGGACUCUGGUGCAGUGCGGCCGCCUGCGGCAGACGCCGCCAUGAAAACCGACGAGAUGCUCAUCCUGGAGAACUUCAUCAACGGCAAGUUCGAGUCGGUGGCCGAGACCAUCGAGAAUGUGGACCCGUCCACGGGCGCCGUCUACUCGCGCCUGCCCAACAGCGGCUCCCGCGAGGUCGAGAAGGCAGUGCAAGCCGCCAUGCAGGCCUUCCCCACGUGGUCGAUGAAGUCUCCAGCUGAGCGUUCCAAGUUCCUCAUCCGUAUCGCCGACCUGAUUGAGAGCAGGAUGGACGAGUUCGCGCAGGCCGAGUCACGGGACCAGGGCAAGCCCGUCUGGCUGGCGCGCACCGUUGACAUCCCGCGCGCGGUGCACAACUUCCGACACUUCGCCACCACCGCACAGUGCGACCGGGAGAUGGCGAUCCCCCAGCAGACGUCCAACGUGCUGCACUACACGGUACGCUCGGCUGUGGGCGUGGUGGCGGUGAUCGUGCCGUGGAACCUCCCGCUGUACCUGCUCACCUUCAAACUGGCGCCGGCCAUGGUCUACGGAAACACGGUGGUAGCCAAGCCGAGCGAGCUCACCUCCGUCACCGCCUGGUUGCUCGCCAAGGUCUUCGUGGACGCCGGUCUUCCUCCGGGUGUGGUGAACUUUGUAUUCGGCUUCGGCCCGAUCGUAGGCGACGCACUGGUGCGCCACCCAAACACCAAGGCAAUCUCGUUUACCGGCAGCACCAAGACGGGCACCACCAUAGCCCAGAUGGCUGCGCCGCACGCCAAGAAGCUCUCUCUGGAGAUGGGCGGCAAAAACGCAGCAAUCGUGUUCGACGAUGCUGACCUCAAGAAGUGCAUCGCCACGCUCAUAAAGGCCAGUUUCCUGAACCAGGGCGAAAUAUGCCUCUGUACAAGCCGGAUCUACGUCCACAAGAAAAUUUACCAGAAGUUCACGGAGAUGUUUGUUCAAGAAGCAAGGAAGCUGAAAGUGGGUCCGCCGCAGAGCGAGUCUGUCUUCAUGGGUGCGCUGGUUAGCAAGGAGCACCUGGAGAAGGUCAAAUUCUACAUCAAGCUCGCCAUGGAGGACGGUGGCAAAGUGCUCUGCGGUGGCCUCAGGGAGGAGCCAGAGUUGCCCAAAGAGAACAAGAACGGCUACUUUCUGCUGCCCACUGUCAUUACCGACCUGCCACACACAUCGCGCUGCAUCCAAGAGGAGAUCUUCGGGCCAGUCACCUGCCUGGCGCCUUUCGAUACUGACCUCGAGGUCGUCGAGAAAGUCAAUGGCGUCCCGUACGGACUUUGCGCCAGCAUCUGGUCCAAGGAUGUCUGCCGCAUACACAAGAUGGCUCAGCGUCUUGAGGUUGGCACCAUUUGGUGCAACUGCUGGAUGGUGCGUCACCUGCACAUGCCAUUUGGAGGGAUGAAGAUGUCUGGCGUUGGACGUGAAGGCACCGAUGCUUCCAAGGAGUUCUACACUGAAGUGAAAUCAGUCUGUCUAGACUACAGCUGAAGCAAAGUGGCUGUCAAAGAUGUAGCACUGCAAUAAAAAUUCAGGCUGGACAUGG